GUUUCAGAAGUUAAAGUGGAAAUCAAAAACAUCAAGACAGUUCAUGUUUAUAGUCUUGAACUGAGCAGGAUUAAGGAUUUGAGUGUGUUGUCGGCUUGCUCGGAGAGGGUUCACGCGGAAUUUAUUUACGAGGAUGAACAUGCUGCAGGAAGCAUCUAGGGCAUGAUAGUUAAUCGUGCCGCGAUUGUGGGUCCCUUCUCCUUGUUACUGGCACUGAAUUUGUGCUAACCGGGUGACAGAAAGCCCCGAGGCCGAACAGGCCACCAGCCAUACCGCAUGCCGUGGCUACCGCGGCUGUGCUGAAGGCGAGUGAGAAGGCUGAGACAAAGGAAAGAGUUGAGGCCAAGUCAAAACGGAUACAAAGACUAAGGCGAAACAUGAACCUGAGACUAAGGUAGAGAAUAAGCCCACUCAGAUGAAGCGUUCUCAAUCGGCAACUUAAGCUGCACUGAUGAAACAGGGAUCUUCUAAUCUGUUUACUUCAUGGGGCAAUGCUGCCAAUAAGAAGGCAGAAUCCAAUCUUUCUUCAACUGCGCAUAGUCCUAAAACUGAAGAAGGUUGGUUAUACUCACAUCUUACGAUUACCAUGAUGGAUACUCAUUUGUGAUUUCAGUCCCGGUUAGAAUGGAACUUGGUAGCGAGGAAGAGGAAGGUUUUGAACCUACUCUCCUUAGAGACACCGCUGAAGAUGUCAAAAAGAGAAGGGAGAGGGAUGAUGAACUUACUAAAAUGAUAGAGAUGAGUGAUGAUGAAGGAAUGUUUGUGCUUGCCAACUUGAUUGUUUCCCGGGGUGCUAACAGUUGACAGAUAUCAAAGCUAAGCCUAAAAGGAGAGUAAGGGAAUAUGUGAGUGAUGAGGAGGAAGAAGAGUUGGAAGAACAAGUUCCAGAAGUUCAAAAGCCGCCAGAAGAUGAGCCUGUCGAACUCCCUACUGGUAGUGUUGUGAGUGCUGUCACCAAAGGCGGUAGAAGAUGCGGGAGGAGAAAGGUCAAUAAAAAGGUACAAGUUAAGGAUGAGGAUGGGUAUCUUGGUGAGCAUUUGUCCUAUUACCCGCUCCCCCACACAGACUGACAUUUCUCUACAGUCACAAAGCUUGAGCCUGUGUGGGAAUCCUUUUUGAAAGAGGAGCCUACACCAAAGCCCAAGCCAAAGCCCAAGCCUGCGCCAAAGGGUAAAAAGAAAAGCACGGGACCCGGGACUAGGCAAGGGAGUAUCAACUCUUACCUCUUCACAAGGUAG